AUGGUCAAAGAGACCAAACUCUAUGACGCGCUGAACAUCAGCCCCAAUGCCACACAAGACGACAUCAAGAAGGCAUACAGGAAAGCCGCCUUGAAAUGGCACCCCGACAAGAAUAAAGACAACCCCGACGCCGCCGAGAAGUUCAAAGAGUGCUCGCAGGCAUACGAGAUCCUGUCGGACCCAGAAAAGCGCAAGCUCUAUGACCAGUUCGGCCUCGAGUUCAUCCUGCGCGGCGGCGUCCCGCCACCAGACGGCGCUGCCGGCGGGAACCCGUUCGCCAGCGCGGCCGGCGGCAUGCCCGAGGGCUUCGCCUCCUUCUUCGCCAACGCCGCCGGCGGUCCGGGCGGUCCCGGAGGAGGCGGCGCUCGGUUCUCCUACAACUUCAACUUCACCGAUCCCAACGACCUAUUCCGCAACACCUUCCGCGACAGCGGCCUGGGAAGCGACAUUUUCGAGGACUUCUUCGCUGGCGCUGCGCGGUCGUCGGCUUCGACAUCGUCGGGUGGUGGUGGUCCUGGUGGGUCCCGGCGGAGCAUGCGCGGGUCGUUUGGCGAGGGUAUGCGGGCCGCGCGGGCGCCGACGCCCGAGGUGACGACGGUGGAGCGGCCGCUGCCGCUGUCGCUCGAGGACCUGUUCAACGGCGUGGUCAAGAAGAUGAAGAUUAAGCGCAAGAUGUUUGACGAUUCGGGCAAGCGCACUACGACCGACACGGUGCUCGAAGUGCCCAUCAAGCCAGGGUUGAAGAAGGGGAGUAAGAUUCGGUUCAAGGGUGUCGGCGACCAGGAGGAGGGCGGACAGCAGGACUUGGUGUUUAUCGUGGAGGAGAAACCGCACCCCCUCUUCACCCGCGAAGGCGACGACAUAGUGCACACGGUCGAUCUGGAUCUGAAAGAGGCCCUCACGGGCUGGAAGCGCACCAUCACCACAAUUGACGGCAAGAAUCUCAACAUCGACAAGGCCGGGCCCACGCAGCCCGGGUCUUCGGAUUCGUACCCGGGCUUGGGCAUGCCCAUCUCCAAGAAGCCGGGCCAGCGCGGUAACUUCAUCGUCAAGUACAACGUCAAGUUCCCCAUGACGCUCAGCCCGACACAGAAGCAGCGAUUGAGGGAGAUUCUUUGA